CGCGUGCGUUUACAACGUUCCUAAAAGACAAUUGCACAUGCGCUCUCCGAUUAUCCAGAGCGCAUGCGUAGUAAUCCUCUCUCGUCGUUACUGGGGUGAUUGUUGCUUAACAAACCAGAAGCAGACCGCAGGACGACAUGGCGAACUACAAGGCAGCAGAUUCCAAAAGGGAACAGUUCAGAAGAUACCUAGAGAAGGCUGGUGUCCUUGACACACUUACUAAAGUACUAGUUGAACUCUACGAAGAACCAGAAAAGCCGAAUAAUGCAUUAGAUUUCCUAAAACAUCACAUAGGAGCCGCUGGCCCAGAAACAUCAGAUGUAGAAGCUUUGCGCUUGGAGAUCACAGAACUGAAACAAAAAUAUGAAGCUGUUCUAGAAGAGAACAAAGAACUGAAAGCAAAGCUUGCACAGCUGGAACCUCAUACAGAUGAAAAGCGUCCAGAAUAAUGGAAUAAGAAUAGCUUUGAUUUCUUGCACUGGAUAUGUAAAUAAUGAGUGACUUUAGGAUUUAUUAUAUUUUGGGCACAAAUAUAUACAUUUGUUUAUGGUUAUGAAUAAACAACUUGUCUACAGCA